UGUGUGAGGGAGAGAGAGGGAGAGGCAGGAGUUGGUGGAGCGGUUUGGGCUGUGCUGUUCCGGGGGGGGGUGUCGGAGAGUGACGGCGGAGGAGCAGCGGGGGUCGGUGCCUUAAGGCCCCGUGUCUGCCUGUGAGUGUCUCCGUGCUUGCCAGCGAACGGGACGGACAGAAGUCGUGGGACUUCUCCCUUGGAGCUUCUGUGCCGAGAAUCUGAUGUUGGGCUCGGCUGCCUGGCUGAAUACAGCAGAUCAGCCCAUGAAAACUUCUAUUCCCAGCCAAAGGAAGGAGUCCAGCAAAAGGCAGCACCUACUCUUUCAGGCUUGGAAGCAAGAAAGGGGGCACGAGUUGGAGAGUGUAGAAUCUGAGAAGACAACUGAAAGGUGACAUUUAAGUUGAAGAUGGGUGGUGGAGAAAGAUUUGACAUUCCAGUUCCCCAGGCCAGAAAUACCACCAAGAACCAUCAGCAACUUAAAACCAGGCAGAAGAAUAAAGACCAGAACUCACAGAUGAAGACCUAUAUGAAGAAAGAAAGAGGCCAUGGAUGCAACUCAUCACCUGGUGCAUGGCAGGCCAUGCAAAAAGGGGGAAAGAACAAAGUUCAUUUCCCCAAUAAUCAGAAUUGGAGUCCUGCUUUACCCAAAAGUCUCUUUUUCACACCUCAACCCAACCAGAACUAUGCUGGAGCAAAAUUCAGUGAGCCACCCUCACCAAGUGUUCUUCCUAAGCCACCAAGCCACUGGGUACCUGUUUCUUUUAAACCUUCUGAUAAAGAAAUGAUGACAUUUCAGCUUAAAACAUUACUGAAAGUCCAGGCUUGAGAUGUAACUUUUCAUAUGUUUAAAGUUAGUUAAAUUUCAAGGGUUUCAAAUUUAAGACUUGUUAUUCCUGACUUCAGAAGUGCAGAUGUACUGACCAGAUGUGCUUGCCUCAUGUAGUUAGUCACUUGGAUGAGAAUGGGGUGGAAGUUUACAUUCCCCUCACGUUUUACCUCAAAAAUUGUGUGCUGUGUUCACUGUGAAAUGUUUUGUAUCCUCCUCUAAUCAAACCCAGAGCAGUCACCAUGAGUGUAUUUAUUGUCAGUGGCACUGCUUCCCAAAAUUGGCAUUGUGGCUACUUCUUAGCUUGGCUUUAGAAAAUCAGCUUUUACCUAACAACACAGAUUGGCUGGAAAGAAACAAACCUGUUCAGAGAGCUUGAGCCAGGAGCUUUGCUGCUCUCAGAAGUUGCUUCUUAGACAUCUGCCAGUGGGGUGACUCUGCAGAUCUGCCACGCAGAGACCUCCCCCUCAGCACCAGGUUAACCAGGUUCUCUUUACACCUCUGAGCUUUAUUUGGCACUCUGGACAAGCAUCUCAAGCCUGUGACUAAAACUGAGAUCUAGGAGACAAAUCAGUGCAUAUCCUUCAAAGUAGAAAAUAAAAACAUUUCUUCUUUCUGGAAGAAACCACCAAACCCAGAACUGCCUCCAGCUCUAGCAGAGCUUCCUGGGAAUUGUGACAGGUCAGGCUGUGCCAACAACUAGUGACACUGUUGCCAGAUGACUGCCAAAACCUUAAAAAAAAAUAAGAAAAAGAAAAAAAAAAGCUUUCCCAUUGCACUCAUGAAUUCUGAAAUGCGUUUUUGUAUCAAGUGUUUCAAAUCGUGGACUAGGUGUAGUUAGGCUGGUCUGGAAUUGGUUACCCUGUGAUAAUCGUUUGAAGUUCAGUAGCUCGUGGCAGGUACUCAGUGUUUCCUAGGGAAGAAGAGCCAUGUAAAUACAUGUAAAACUUUGUAGCAUAUGUAAAUUGGUGCUGGGCUUCCCCGCACAGACGUAUUUUUAGUACAAAACUGCUGAAUGUAAGGAGGCUGUGCUGAGGACAUGGCCCAGUUUAAAAAAGGAUAUUUUGUUAAAAAAAAAAAAAAGUUUGUGGCUGUGCCCUUGCACUUCACAUACAGUGAAUAUGCACAUUUUACUUGGUUGUGAGCUGAGUUUAAAGUAAAAUUAGUGCAAAAGAGGCUUAUUUAGAUUUUUUUUAUAAAAUUAAAAAAAAAAAAACAACAAAAAAAAAACCAAACAAAAAAACCCAACACAAAACCAACCCCAGAAAAGGCUGCUGAAGUUGAAGAUAUCCAUGUUCUCAACUUAGAGGAAAGGGUGUUUUAAAUGAUGAAAAAACACCAAACUGUUCAAAAUUAAUGCUUCACAAGCAAAUGACUGAGGUUGGGGUGCUGGAUGAAACAAGUAUUUGAAGUGUUUCUGUUUCUAAAAUGAAUUAAAUUCAUCAUUUUGUCCCAACACCUGCUCUGAUGUCAGCGUGGGGACAGGGCAGCUCCCAGUGCUCCCAGUUCAGUUGGUUCCAUGGCAGAAACAGCUGAACUGUGACAAGAGGCAAUUACAAAAUAC